AUGGGCACUGACACUUCUAUCUUCUUCACCGAAGAUACUCUCCCUAAUGCGCAAUGGGCCGAGGACACAAUCGAGGACCAAGCAAAAAUGGGCGACGUGAACGACGUGGUAAACCGGGUCUUGUCCACACCUUUUCCGCCCCAGACUUUGCUGGUUUUGGAAACAAGUACCGAUCGCGCCAUUCAUCUGGCCAAGGCUGCAGUUGAUGCUAUCGCCAAAGUGAAUGCGAAGAAAGGCCGGCCCACGGUGGUCUUCUCUGUCAACGGGCCCGAAGUCCACAGUCAAGUGCUUUUCCGACGCAUGCGUCUGCUGAGCCAAAACGACAACCUCCGGCUCGUCCUGAUGGCUAGUGGAGCGCAGAUGGUCGCACCGUACGGUUCUUUCACAUUACUUUCUCUGCAAGUGCACCAUUGCCCUAGGUCUGGCAUGUCCCUCCUCUUGGCGCGAACCGCCGAGGUCGAGGCCGACGACGGACGACCAAGCAUCCGAAACGCAGAUUUUGCUGCAUCGUAG